AUGCAGUCUGCCAGACGGGCGAGAGGCCGGAGGAUGUUCCAGCUCCACCAGCGCCAACAAGACUACGAAGCGAGAGGCCUUUGUCCCUGGCGGGACUGCGGGCGCUCUCGCGCUUGCGCAGAGAGGAUAAUGAGAGGAGGUGGGUCCAGUUCCAUUCAGUUGCUUCUUAUGUGCCAACCACCCUUGACCAAUGGGUCCAGGUCCGGGUGCUGGGAAGAUCCGAUGUCGCAUGAUCCGAUUUCGGUACCUGUGGACUUACGCCUAGACAAUCAAGAUUUGCGAUGCGCAGAAGAUCUUUGUGCAGUCGUGGAGGCCUGUGACCGAGAAGCCCAGCGUCGCCAAGUGCCGCCGCCCAAGACGUUGACGCUGGGCCCUUGGGGACAUGAGCCUGGGUGUUCUUGCCAUGGCACCUUGGAGGUGCUCCGUGAGACCAGUUGCGAAGCAUCCGAAGCUGCAGAGGCCUUUAUGACCACCUCAGCAAUCUGGACCCGUUGGCCGCUACGAAGCAUUUGCCUUUGCGAGCUGCGCCUGAGCGUCCCGCUCGAGCGACUGGGAGCCGCUCUGGCGGCGGCCGCUCCCAGCGUUCUGCGCUUGCAGCACUUGAGCUUGAGGGGUACAGCGUUGUCCCUGCUUCAGGCCUUUGCAGGCCACGAGCUAGAGCUGUUGGACUUGAGUGGGAAUGCCUUGACAGAUGAUGAUUUCGAGAUGCUGCUCAAUUUGGCAGGUCCCAAAUCGGCUUUGAAGCUUCACGGCUUGAUCUUGAGCUGCAACCCAUCCAUCACGCAGGUCUCCUUGCAGCAGCUGCUCGCUUCAGAAUGGGCAAGUCAGCUGCAACUGCUCGAUCUUUCUGAGUGCAGCAUCGGACCCAGCGGAGCGCUGCUCCUGGGCAACUUUCUGCAGAUGCCAAGCAGCGUCCUACGGGACCUGUGCCUUUAUCGUGCUGGCAUUGGGCUGGAAGGGUUGCGCCGCCUGGUGGCCGCUGCGGCUGUUUGCUCCAGCUUACGUGCAUUGGAUGUGACUGCGAAUGCUCAACGCGAACAUCACUGGCUCGAGGCUCUUGGGAAGCCACUGGCUGAGUGCUUGGCACAGCCCAAAGCGUUGAAGAUCUUGACAUUGUCCUGCCCAGAGCAUCAGUUGAAGGCUGCAGAGAUAUUUCAUACGUUGCCGCUGCGGGUGAUCCUUGUGCCAAACGAGCAGAACAAUUACAACAGGCCAAUGUUUCUUGGGCACACCGACUGA